CACAAACCAAACCACCACACAAUCCUCCAUCCGCCUGCCGUCCGGUUCUUCCCCUACACGCUCCGCGUCCUGAGAUCCAACAGCCUACGGCCCCUGCCGAGGUCUCCCGCCCUGCCUCACGCCUACAGCCGCCAUCUUGUCGAGACGCUCGCACCUCGUCGACGCUCCCCCCCCGUUGCCUCGAUCCCUUUCUGGCCCUCGUGAGACGUUGCAGCCAUGGGCCAAACCCUCUCGGAGCCCGUUGUCGAAAAGACUUCCGAAAAGGGCGAGGAUGACCGACUCCUCUACGGCGUGUCCGCCAUGCAAGGCUGGCGCAUCAGCAUGGAGGAUGCCCACACGGCUGAGCUGAACCUAACCCCACCUGACAACGACACCAAGACGCACCCCGACAGGCUGUCCUUUUUCGGAGUCUUUGACGGACAUGGAGGAGACAAAGUCGCAUUAUUUGCAGGCGAGCACAUUCACAAAAUUGUCUUUAAGCAAGAUAGCUUCCGAUCCGGCGAUUAUGCUCAGGGUCUCAAAGACGGUUUCCUUGCAACGGAUCGGGCCAUUCUCAACGACCCCAAAUACGAAGAGGAAGUUUCCGGUUGCACUGCUUGCGUUUCCUUGAUUGCUGGAAACAAGCUAUACGUCGCAAACGCCGGUGAUUCUCGAGGUGUGCUGGGUAUCAAGGGACGGGCUAAGCCCCUAUCCAACGACCACAAGCCCCAACUUGAAACGGAGAAGAACCGAAUCACAGCCGCUGGCGGCUUCGUCGACUUUGGUCGUGUCAACGGCAACCUGGCACUGUCGCGUGCCAUCGGCGACUUCGAGUUCAAGAAGAGCGCCGAGCUCUCCCCUGAAAACCAGAUCGUUACCGCUUACCCCGACGUCGAGGAGCAUGACCUUACAGAAGAGGAUGAGUUCCUGGUGAUUGCUUGUGAUGGUAUCUGGGACUGCCAAUCGUCCCAAGCCGUCGUCGAGUUUGUGCGACGAGGAAUUGCUGCCAAGCAAGACCUCGACAAGAUCUGCGAAAACAUGAUGGACAACUGUCUGGCAUCAAACUCCGAGACGGGCGGUGUCGGCUGCGACAACAUGACCAUGGUCAUCAUCGGUUUCUUGCACGGCAAGACCAAGGAGCAGUGGUAUGACGAGAUUGCCAAGAGAGUGGCCAACGGAGAUGGCCCUUGUGCCCCCCCGGAAUAUGCCGAGUUCCGCGGUCCCGGAGUCCAUCACAACUACGAAGAUAGCGACAGUGGCUACGACGUCGACGCCGAGAGCGGCGGCAAGUUCAACCUUGCGGGAUCCCGAGGUCGCAUCAUCUUCCUUGGCGACGGCACAGAAGUCCUCACAGGCUCCGACGACACGGAGAUGUUUGAUAAUGUUGACGAGGACAAGGACCUUGCGAGCCAGGUGUCAAAGGCCAAGCCAGAUGUGAAGGAAGAGACAGAGGUCAAGCCGGCAACAGGGUCAGAUUCUAAACCUGCGGCUGAGUCGGACAAGAAGCAAGAUGAAAAGGCACCUGAGGAGAGUAAGAAGGAUUAGGUGGUCCUCUCGCCUUGUUCAGGCAACUCGCCUUGAAGCCCGUCCUGGCGUUGCUGUUGUCGUGUAUGUGUGACAUAAUUGUUUUGGCUGCUACUCGAACCCAGGUUUAGCAAAGGAUAGGGAGGGGAGGUUCAUGGACGUGGUGGAAAGAGGCAGAGGGUAGGGGCGGUUAGACAUUGAGUGUUCCUUGUUACACGGUUUCUUCUAUCGUUGUUGAUAUUCGGUGUACCGGUGGUAUAAUAUUUGGAUCAAGG